AGAGACAACUAAUCUGUGCUCAUAAUUUGGACAGCCUGCCGGUACUGACAGCCCUUAUUUGCCCUCUCGCUCAGCGUGGAUUGUCUGUGUUGUGUUUUUUGGAUUAUUUGGAUGGCACAUUUUAAGGCGAAAGGGAUUCCCACCACAGGGAAAAGACUAAGAGGGUGUCCUGGAACAGAGUGAGGAGAGGAGGAGGGAAGACAGCAGCAAUUUUACCCCUCAUCUUUGCCUCCGCAGGCGUUUCUUCUGUGGAAGAAUGGGGGCAGGAGCUCUGACCAUCUGUCACAACAAGACGGCGGUGCAGGUUAAAGAAGACAUGAAGAAGAUGGUGCAGAUACCCAUACUGCGACCCAGGACAGACAAGCACCCCAAGCUGUUUGGAGCAUCCCUGUUUGAGUUGCAGGAGAGGGGCCUGUUGGUGGAUGGUGUGCCUCUGGUGUUGCGGAGGAUGGUGGAGCAUCUCUGCAAGCAUGCCUUGAAUCAGGAGGGUCUGUUCAGAGUGAAUGGGAACGUGCGCACUGUGGAGACCCUGAAGCAGCGGCUGGAGAGCGGAGAGGAUGUGGAUCUUCUGUCUGAGUUUGAUUCAUGUACCGUGGCCAGCUUACUUAAGCAGUACCUCAGGGACCUCCCAGAGGGUUUGGUAGACUCGAAAGUCCAACAGGCACUCAUACGUCACUACCAAGAGAGCGGUGAUGAUGCCUCUUUGUCAGAUAUGAGAGAUCUGCUCCAGCAGCUUCCACACAUCCACCACAGUCUGCUCCGCUACCUCUGCCAUUUCCUCACCCUUGUGGAGUGUAACCACAAGGAAAACCGGAUGACUGCCUUCAACCUUGCCACUGUCUUUGGACCCAAUGUCUUCCAUGUGGUUCCGGGUUUCGAAGCAAUGAAGGACCAAAAUAUCUGUAACAAGAUCAUGGUCAAGCUCAUCCAGAACUACAGUAAUAUAUUUGAGACUGACAGAGAUGGAGAAGGCUGCGUAGAGGAACAUCCCACCCUUAUUAUUGUCAAGGAGGCGCACGUGACGGACGCAGACACAAACAAGUCACACAGCCAGCCCAGUGCAAAGACACCAACGCCAGUUCCCAGGACAAAGCUUCAUGCUGGAACAAAAAACUCAUCACAAAAAGCAGACCUUCUGAACAAAUCCCCCACUAACACUCCACAGGCGAGGCCGAAGAAAAGGAAGGUGAGGAAAGGGAAGCAUGACAGCAUGAUUCAAGUCAUUCCUCAGCCGUGCCGCUCUGCUGGGUCGCCCCAUGUAAGGCCUCUGUCCAUACCAAUACUUUUGCCUCUAACCUCUGAGUUCAGGAGCCCCAGUCUUGAGGUGAUGGAGACAACUCCCAUUCCACUAGCUCGCCAAGAUACCCCGGACACUGACUUACAGCUCAGCCCCACUGGCAGCAUGGAGACCCUCAACAGCUCCCAAGAAGAAGAGAGACCAAUAUCUCCUUUCUAUAUGAGCAACCACCUCUCGCCCGUCCACUGCACACCAGAUGUGGCAAAUUUUCUGGACAAGACAAUACGUUCAGUAGUGGAGCAGCACCUGUUUGACGUAAACUCUUCAGGGGAUCAAAGUUCAGAGGAUUCUCAGUUGACCCCACGUCCACCAUCUCCAAAUGUGACACCAACUGCCCGACAGAGACGUCGACUGCAGAGAGAGCAACAGGGGGAGGGGCUGCGGCACAGAGAAAGAAACAGAGCCACGUCCGUCAGAGCAGACACCAACAAGGAGAACAUCCCUUCGAGUAGUGGAAGCAGUUCAGGCAGCGUGGGGGAGGACACGGGCAGGAGCGCGGACUCACCGGGAGGCCAGAGUGCUCACGCUGAGCGGACCCCCAAACCCAGGAAGUCGAAACGCUGCCCAACACUGCUGCAGCUCACUGACAACCAGGACACCCACACACUCAAGGAAUGUGUUGGUGAGAGAUCUGGAACAGACUACAUGGAGACAUUUCAGAAAGUAAAUGACAUUUCAAGAAAAGACGAACUUCCUUCUCCUCCACAGACUUUAAGGAUGAAGAUCCAGGAGUCGCCCGUCAGUUGUGACGCGGGGAGGGUUGGCGGCGGAGAGGUGCGAGGUUUGGACCCGGAUUGCGAGAAGACGAGCUGUGAGGACGUGCCACGGCUGGACCUGACAGCACUUACCGAGGACAACAACUGGGGAGAUUCUUCGUUCUUUAACACCCCCUUCCUUGAUUUCAAAAGCGUUUUUCAUCAGAGUUCAUGCGAUGAACCAGUCCCAGCGUACUCAUCACUGCAGCGGGAGAGCAUGGACCGCGAGGAAGCUCGGCUGUCCCCUCACGCAGGGGGGGGGCGGUUGAUCCGCCAGCUGCUGGAGGAAGACAGCGACCCCAUGCUGUCCCCUCGCUUUUACGCUUAUGGACAGUGCCAGCAGUACCUGGACGACACUGAAGUGCCUCCGUCACCGCCAAACGCACACUCGUUUGUCAGCCGCAGGCGGAGUUCGUCUCUCGGCUCUUGUGACGACGAGAAAGAGGAGUUGACAACCGCUCAGCUCACGAAGAGGAUCCACAUACUGAAGAAAAAGAUCCACAGGUUUGAGGAGAAGUUUGAAGACGAGCGGAAGUACAGGCCUUCCCACAGUGAUAAAGCUGCAAACCCAGAGGUGCUGAGAUGGGUAAACGAACUGGCCAAGCUUCGUAAAGACCUAAAAGAACACAAGCUCAUGAAGUCCGAAGAGGACCUGCCGCCUCUGACUCGUCAGCGCAGCAACACGCUGCCCAAAAGCUUCGGCUCUCAGCUCGAGAAGAAACCCCAGCAGGAGAAAGUGCCGAAGCCUCCGGUGGAAAGCACCCUGGAGGCGAUUUUGAAGAAACUGCAAGAGAAGAGGGAGGAGGUGAACCGCCCUGAGGACAUCAAGGAUAUGACACGGGAGCAGAUUGGAGCAGAGAAAGUGGCCCUACAGAAAGCUCUCCUCUACUACGAGAGCAUCCACGGUCGACCAGUCACAAAGUGUGAGAGGCAAAUAAUGAAACCCCUGUACGACAGAUAUCGUCUGGUGAAGCAGAUCCUGUGCAGAGCCUCCACCAUCCCUGUCAUUGGCUCUCCCUCCAGCAAGCGCAGAGGUCCCCUCCUUCAGCCCAUUAUCGAGGGCGAAACCGCUCUCUUCUUCGAUGAUGUCAAGGAGGAGGAGGACGGCUCAGAGGACGACGGAGACUCAAAGACACAGUUCACCGUGAGCGUCAGGCCCGACCUCAGCGUCCUCGGCUUCCUGGACCACAUGGACGAGGACGCAGAUGGGUUCAUCUCGCCCGUGGAUGAACUCUCACCCUCGAAGAACACGACGGACAUGAGGCUGUCCAACCUGCACUCGGCCACCACACAGGAGCUUGUGGAGCAGCUUCAAGAGGCCCGAGAGGAGAAGAAGAGACUCCGCAAGAACCUGAAGGAGUUCGAGGACCAGUUCUUCAGACAAAACGGAAGAAAUGUGCAGAAGGAAGACCGCUCCCCGUUGGCAGUGGAGUACAACGAAUACAAGCACGUUAAAGCCAAACUGCGGCUGCUGGAAGUCCUCAUCAGCAAAAGAGACUCGGCUAAGUUCAUCUGAGAGCAAAUAAAAGACUGUAAGAGGACUGGUGCUCGGUCUCACUCUGUUGGACAAAAGAUCUGACUUUCCCCUCUCGUGGCUGUCAGCGGCGCUCAUGUUUAUGGCUCGCCGAGAAUCGGCCUGUUAUGCCGUUCUGUCGCGCCCAGCGGGGUUUUUCCUCUGCAGCCCGCAGAGAACCACCGACUCACAGCUGAUUCAAAGCGACACAGAGUCACCUGCUUUCCCUGAGGAGUUAAUUUCCAACCAAACCUCACCUUCAAAAAGAGUUUUUUUUUCCUCAAUGACUAAGCAAAGACAGACACAAAUAACCCUAAUCACACUUUUACUGCUAAUAAUUUAUUUCUAUCCUUUUGAACGUUUUUAUCAAAACAGAAGAGGUUUUUUUGUUCACGCUUUACUGUAGAAGUCUUAAAAAAAACAACCCUUAUAAGUAAAAUAAUAGAUAUUAAAUUAGUGGUGUUUCUAAAGAAGGAUUUUGCGAUUUAAGAUUUAUGUGUAUUUUUUUAAGGGAGAUGUUUGUAUAACUUCAAUCAGUUUAAUAACAGUAUUCACUGAAUGAAUAGCUUUCUCUAUUUCUGACCCUCAUAAUGCCUGAAAGAAUCUUGCUUCUCUAGAAGUUGAAUCGAGUAUUUGCUCACUAAAAGAAUUGGUCUCUAAUUUUAAUAUAACCCAAAGACAGCGACUCAGAGUACAAACUGUGAAGCAAAAGAGGUCAUAAGUCAAUAAAAAAGCUUAUUUUUGUGAUCACAGGUACUUUCUAAAGCGUUUGACUGUACAUUUUAUGCAUUGAGAUGCUUUUUUCCCCUUCCCAUUUACUUCAUGUCAAAUAAGCUAAUUGUCGUCUUGGACUCACUGGUAUGUUUUUGCUCACACUGAUGAGCGUUGACAAGGACGUUUGUGAGAUGACUCUGGAGGACAGAAAUGGUUGCUGAAAGCUGUGUGUCUUUCCCAUCGUCUUCAGAGCUCAUUUUUAUUCUUUUGUAAAUAUGGAUCACUGUGUAUGUUUACAUUUCUGUGAGCGAAUACAUUUUUUUCCUUUCUUUCUCCAAAAUGGAUGAUUAUCAGUGUGAAUUUCGUUUUUGCUGAACGUCAACACUGGCAAGGCUUAAUGAAUUCUGAGUGUGUACAUUUUAGUACAUAAAUUGUAUUUGUAUUUUGUAUAUAAUAUAAAUGAAAUCAUAUUUUUACUGUA